UGUACAAUGUAGUAUUGUUGUGGUUUACAGCAGAUAUUUUAACUUAAGAUUUGAUUUUAGAUUUGCGGAUUUCAAGCGCGUUUGUUUCCUAUAAAUGAAAAGUUGUUGAACAAAAAUAAUGUCAGAAGCAAUAGAAAUACGAACAAUUAUCAACAACAGAAAUCUUAAUAGUGUAACAGACACCCCAGUUACUGAUCCUGCUUCAGGGGCUAAGGUAAAAAUUGAUUGAGUUAAUGUUUGUAAUCUUAUUUGAAUCUAAUUCUAUCGUUCUGUUGCUGUAACUCUUACAGCUUGAGGAUAAAAUAGAACUCAAACGUUCUUUCAAACUAGAUAACUUGUACAAAAUACUCCUUUGAACUCACAGUGGAUGAAAACAUUACCAUGCUUAGAAAAAAUUACUUGUUUAAACAGUAUAUUGGCAAAGACAUCCUCUGUCUGCUGUUUAUUAUAAUUACAUAAAAAAUCAUUUUUUUAAACAUCUUCCUUUUAGCUCUAUGGGGUAUUCCACAAGGGCAGUUAUUAUUUAUUUAUGCCAGGCUCAAGACAUUUUGUGGCUUAUUCGUUUAUUCAUCUGAUGGUAUAUAAUUUUUUACAAUCUGGGAUAUUUUUGGAUAAUGAUGAAUACAUAUUUGAAUUUAAAUAUACAAUCAUUAAGAAUGAUUCUCAGAAAAAUAUUCAUUAUAUGAUCAAUAUAUUACAAUUUAAUAGUUUACCAUAUGAAAUGUAAGUUUGGACCUAGCACUUGUAGACAAUAUCAUUGUAAAAAGAGCUUUAUACUACUAAGAAGUCGGUUAAUUAUUCUUUACGGGCCACUAACAGAGCUAGAGAGCCCUGUAGGAAAUUUUACCAUUAUUUUAUACUCUACACAAAUUUUAAAGAAUGGCCACAUGUUUUGUGAUGCCUUGUAUAUAAUCAAAACAUGUUAUACCACCUUAUUGCUCUCAUAUUUACUGUAGGUUGUUUUUGGUUUGUCUAUCUCUUUAAAUUAGUUUUUUUGAAGGAAAUUAUAGGGUGCUAAUGAAAGCUGACAUAAACAUUGUCUUUAGUAUAUUGGAAGUGGUAAGAAGAAAUUGAGAACCUUGUUACUAAUCUGGCAAAAUUAUGUUGAAAUAGUUAGUGUCAAGUAAAUAUUAUUAAAUAAUAUUUAAGAAAAAUAGUUUUCCAGUGAGAUCCUUAGGGUCUUGUCACAUUACCUUUUUACGUUCUACAUUUCAUAUAUAUGUUUUCUUUGACACCACCUUAUUGGUCUUACAUUUAUAGUAGGUGGUUUUUGGGUUCAUCUAUAUCUUUUUUGGAACAAGUUGUAGGCUGCAUAUUUCAAAAAUGAUUCUUUUUAGGGGUUGGAUGGAAGUAAUGCAUUUGUCUGCCAAAGAUCUAAGUUGGUAAGAUAUACAUGUACCUAUGUGUAUGCUUUACCUACUUUAGGUCUUUAUUGCAUUUUAAUACAUAUCUGUAGCAUGAAGCUUAUGCUUUUUUAGAAGCUAUUAGCACAACUAUGCAAUAUUUAGUUUUCAGCAAAGCUAUGAUAUUUUCUGCUUCAAACUAUCUUUCUAUCGAAGUAUGCAAAAAUGAUGAUAUUAAAAUGUUGAUUUAAUGCUCUAAUAUGUUGAUAUUAGGACACUAAAAUGGUCAGCAGUUUGUAGGUUUAAUAGGGAGAAAUUGCAGCCAAGCAAUUUGGCUUUAACAGUCUUAUAACUUUUUCAAUUUUAUUAUGUAGGUUUAUCCAAAACUAUAUUAAUAUUCUCCUCAACUGUUAAAAAACAUGUCUGUCAUAAAGUUACUAUAAAGGAUCAGAAGCUGUGAAUGUGUGUGAUACAUAGCAAUUCUGGACAAGUAUUUGUUCACCUGUUGUUAAUUUUGAUAUGUUUUUGCAUACUCCUAAAUACUUUCUAUAGUGGGGAAUUUUUUUCUUAUUAUUUCCUUAGGCAAAGAUGCUUUGAUCUCUUAAUCUUCAUUGUAUGAGAUAUGUGUAUCUUUUGUUGUUAAGUUAAAACAAAAAAAUCAGUUUCAAUUUAUUACAAUCAAAAGAGACAAACUGGUACAAUUUGUAAUAUUGAGCAAGUAAGAUGAAAUUGUAAAUGAUAGACAGCUUAUCUCCACUUAGUGCACAGUCAACGCAGGUAAACAAUAAGAUGCAUUAUAUCAGCUUAAAAAUUAGUUUUGCCACGUUUUGAGAACGAAAAACACUUCCUUGGUUUCUGGGUUUCUUGUUAUUGGCAAUGAUCCCUAUAUAUAUAUAUAUAUAUAUAUAUAUAUAUAUAUGUAUAUAAUUAUUUUUACUUAGUUGCAUGGUUAUCUUUAUAAUUUUAAUUGUCUCUUAAGGCGGGUACGCAUAUGAGCACUAACGCGAAUGAGGCAACCUGCGGACGCAUAAGCAUACCUAUAUGUACAUACGUACGAAUUCGUAUUUAUUCGGGCUCGAUCCGAUGUGCUUCUUCGCGGUACAUCAAAGUGAGGCACAUGCUCGGUGCGUGCUCUGUCUGUACAGAAAUAAACAUUUCAUGUCAAGGCGGUCUACUUUGUAGUAACUACCAGUGCACGGAAUAAAUAUUAUUGUCAUCUAAGACUAUUUUUUAUUGCUUCUUUUUAGCAAGAACAUCUUUUCUAUAGUAUGUGCCUUGUCGCUCAAUUCUUGGUUUGAUACAAUUUAAUUGCAAAAAUAAAUUUUCUUGAGACAGCCUGGUAAAAUUUUUGGAAUACAAGAAUGCCCGCCACAUCCCAUGGAUUGAUGCCGUACAACGCCUCGAGCGUCCACUAUUCUGGAACCCGAACUUGCCGUAUCCGAGACAAAUAGUUCGUUCUCGGGUUGCCUCAUUCGCGUUCGUGCUCGUAAGCGCAACAGCCUUUAUACACUUUAUUGUUAUAUCUUUCACGCUACAUACGUGUUUUUUUGCUUUGCAGAUAUGUCUGUUUAGUUUUUUUAAAUAUGGUGAUAAUAAAGCUAAUACCUUAAUAAUUAUUUAUAACAUAAAUCCUAAACACACGUUGAUUCUUGAUCAAUUCAGAAUGCGAGAUAUCGCCUGAAAGAGUUUGAGAAGAAUUCGCCGACCAGGCAUUCUUAUUACAUUCAAUCCAAAACCAAAGUAAACAGAACAAAGAAGAAAUGAACAUACAUUUUUUGUUUCAGAAAAUCAACUUUAUUUUAUUCAGAAUAGUCUCCUCAGAGUUAAUGCAGCGAUUUGCAUGAACCAAAGGAUUUUAUAAUGAUGAUUUUAGCUCAUUGACUGGGAUGUCCUUCAAAAUGGUCGUCAAUUCCUUUUGGAUGGUCUCUACGUCGGCAUACCACUGUCUCUCAUGGCCAAAUGUAGUUUACCGAACAGAAAAGUCACACGGUGUCAUAUCAGGAGAAGGUGGGGAGUGGUUGAUGGUUAAAAUGCCAUCUAUCAAUAAGAUGGUGCAUUAUCGUGCAACAAGCUCCAGCUUCCUUCUUCGCGAUAUUUCGGUUGAACACGACGAAUACACGACAGCAAACGCCGUAUAACACCAAGAUAAAACAGUAUUAAUUUCUUUGUGAAUAAUUCCCUUCGAAUCGUAGAAAUAUAUCAUCAUUGUCUUCACUUUAGACUUUUCCAAACGGCUUUUUUAGAUUUGGCUCGAUUGGAUGCUGUCAUUCAGCACAUUGAAGCUCGGUUUCGGGAUCGUAUUGAAAACACCACGUUUCGUCACCAGUCACAAUUUUGUGCAGAAUGUUUUUGUCUUUUUAGGCAUCGUUGAUGAUGUCUCUCGAAUGUUGAGUUUGAAGCAAUUUUUGAUCUUCCGUGAGCUUGUGCUAACAAAAUGCGAUGGAUUGAAUCUUUAGAGAUAUUCAAGUCCAUUGUAUGUAUCUGAAUGAAGAUUUUGGAUCAUUUUUGAUACACAAAUUUUGGCUGGCCAACAUGUUCGUCAUCUUCCGUCGGCUCACGAUCCUCUUUCAACCGUUUAAACCACUCAUGCACUCGGCUAAGAGACAAACAAUCAUCACCAUACACUUGCAUCAACAUCUGAUACGUUUCGGUAAAUGUUUUACAAAGUUUAACUCAUACCUAACUCUUUGUUCGAUGCUCAUUUUUCAACCAAUGCUAAAACGGUACUGUCACUUUGAGCGCGAUAAUCCGCGUGAAGUGGUUCGAUUCUCAUGAAAUUUUGACAGGGCAUCAAUAAAUGAUGUACCUAUCCAACUCUAGCCUCCGAUAAUAGAUGGCGCUACUUAUUUCGGAUCUUUCAAAAGUCUUGUUUACUUUGCGACAGACCUUGUAUAUCAAGAAAAGAUAAUUAGACAAGGCGAAUAAAAUUAGAGUUAGCUGGUGAAACGAGAAAAUACAUUGCUCAUUCUAAAUAAUACAUUCUGAAUUAACAAAGAAUUUACGUCUGUUCAGGCUGUUGGAAUUGAAGUUGUUCAAACAAGUAUUGCAAUGUGUUCUAACCGGAACAUGACAACAUAUUUAAUCCUGUCUAUAACCAUUUAAUGUUGAUGGUGCUCAAAAAUGAAAUAUAAAAGUAUUUUUUAAGAUGUUUGAAAUCGGUAUUAACCCUCAUUCGACCAAAUCACUGCAGCAGUUACUAGGUUGCCGAGGUGACAAAAGCGCCAAUGGAUUCAGAUGGAGGGAAUGGACGGCAACGAACAAAUAGAUAGACAGACGUGAAUCAGUAUCAUGAACUUUCAUAGAUUUUUAAAAAUCCAUAAAAGUUUCUAUCCAUAAUCUUCUGAGGUAUCACGUUGGCACUAGUAACCAUUUUUGUAGAUCUGUGAUUUUUUAUGAAUCAAUAAUACCUGAUUAUGAAUAUUAAAUGGAUUUUGGAUUUCAGGAUACCAAAACUAGUGCUUUAAAGAAAUCUAGUCGAUAUAGAAGUCGAUCUUUAUCAGCAUCUUCUACAGAUUCGUACAGCUCAGGAAGCAGCUCUGAUGACGAUGAUAUUUCUCCAAGAGAAAAGACCCAGCAAAAUUCGUCAGGAUUUUCUGAUUUUUGUGUUCGUAACAUUGCCCAACACGCCUUCGGGAGACGUGAAAUUGAAAUUGCAGAACAAGGUAUGUCUUUUUUUAGAUUGCAAAUUACCAAAGUGUAAUAUGUAUGUGUAUCUCAGAGAUGCCGGGUAUAAUGGCAUUAAGAAAAAGAGCUGCCGAUGACAGGCCACUGAAAAAUGCAAAAAUUGUUGGAUGCACUCAUAUCAACGCCCAAACAGCUGUACUCAUCGAAACAUUAGCAGCCUUAGGAGCUAACUUGAGAUGGGCAGCCUGCAAUAUAUACUCAACUCAGAAUGAAGUGGCAGCAGCUCUUGCAGAAGCAGGGUUCUCAGUUUUUGCAUGGAGAGGCGAAACUGAAGAAGAUUUUUGGUGGUGCAUAGAUAAAUGCGUAAAUGCUGAAAGCUGGCAACCAAAUAUGAUCUUAGAUGAUGGUGGUGAUGCCACUCAUCUUAUGCUGAAAAAAUAUCCUGCUAUGUUCAAGCUGAUAAAAGGAAUAGUAGAAGAGAGUGUUACUGGUGUACACCGACUAUAUCAGUUAUCAAAAGGAGGGAAAUUGAGUGUCCCUGCAAUGAAUGUGAAUGAUUCUGUCACUAAAACCAAAUAUGACAAUUUGUAUAGCUGCCGGGAAUCUAUUAUUGACAGUUUAAAACGUUCUACGGAUGUGAUGUUUGGGGGAAAACAAGUUGUAAUUUGUGGGUAUGGCGAAGUAGGCAAAGGAUGUUCCCAGGCUUUGAAAGGAUUUGGUUGUGUUGUUUAUGUUACAGAGAUCGAUCCAAUAUGUGCUUUGCAAGCCAGAUGUUCAGUGUUAAUUUUUACAUCUAUUUACGUUUACAGCAUGGACGGUUAUCGUGUUGUUAAACUGAAUGAAGUUGUUCGCAAUGUAGAUAUUGUUAUAACUGCAACUGGAAACAAAAACGUUGUUACUAGAGAACAUAUGGACAAAAUGAAAAAUGGCUGUAUUGUUUGUAAUAUGGGACAUUCUAAUACGGAAAUUGAUGUUAAUAGUUUAAGGACUCCCGACUUAACUUGGGAAAAGGUCAGAUCACAAGUUGACCACGUCAUUUGGCCAGAUGGAAAAAGGAUAAUCCUUCUAGCUGAAGGUCGCUUAGUUAAUUUAAGCUGUUCUAGUUUGCCUUCGUUUGUAGUUUCCAUAACAUCUGCUACGCAAGCCUUAGCUUUAAUUGAACUGUUUAAUGCCCCGCCAGGCCGUUAUAAGUCUGAUGUUUAUCUGUUACCAAAAAAGAUGGAUGAAUACGUGGCAAGUUUACAUUUGCCUACGUUUGAUGCUCACUUGACGGAGUUGACGGACGAGCAAGCUAAAUAUAUGGGAUUGAACAAAGCCGGUCCAUUUAAGCCUAACUACUAUAGGUAUUAAAAAACACAUUCACUACCUUUGGAAUUAUAUAAAGUCAAUGUUAGUUGCUAUUUAGAUUUUGAGAAUAACUGCAUUUAGAACGGAGUAAAUGGGUUGAAGGUUAAGUAAAUUACUUAAAAAAUGUGCAGUUUCGUGAAAAGAAAUGUUAGAUGAACAGUUUGAAAGCACUAACAAAUUACAUGUUUGUUAUAAUUUGUGAAAUAAAUAUUGCGUUUCGGUUCUCGAAUAAAAUCUACAAAAAAUUCAGAGUGGCACUAGGUCUCUUAAGUGUUAUAUUAAAAUUUAUAUCAGUUUGGUAUGGAAAUGCAAGAAUUUAGUUUUAAGUAGCAAAGUAGUGAAUUUAAGCUUCGUUGUCCGGAAAUGCUCUCCUGAUCUUAACAGUAUUUUUUGCCUUAUAUAUCGCUUGAAAUCUAAUGUAUUUGUUACAUUUUAGUGUGUUUAUUUUUAACUUUUAUCAAAUGUGUAUGAGAGAAAAUACACAAUUUGUGACUAUAAUAAUACAUGUCACCUCUUGAUGUUAUAUAAUACAUAUUUAAAUAUUUUUAUAAUACAUUUUUGUUUGUGUGUAGUUUUACCAUCUCUAUCAAACCCAGUGAAUAGAUUAUAUAAGUUUGUGUAUGUUCAAUGUGUAUUUUGCAAAAAAUAAUUUGUCAGUUAGAUGUUUUUAAAUAAAACGGUUCCCAGUUUGUGUAGUCUAUUGAACUUUAAGCUGACCAUGCACGGUAACUAAAGUUGCCGGAAGACAAGCGCCCAGUUCAUAAAAGCUUACUUUAGCGUGAAUGGUCUGCUUAAAUUUCAAUGCGAUGAUUUUUCAAUGUUCACCCAUAACUUUGACGUAUUUUGAAUUAGAUUUAUAACAACUAUACAUCACUGAACACAUGUUGCUUUUUUAAUAAUUGCGUCCUAAUUCAGAAUGCGGGACGGGACGUAGCCCAAAAGAAUUAGGAAAGAAUUUGUCGACCAAAUCCUUUUUGACUACUUCUGGCAUACCAGCAUUAUUAAGCAAGAAUUAUUGCGGCGUCAACGUGUGUUUCGGCUCUAAUAGCUAGGAACUAACAGACUCUUUUAUCCGAACUUUUAAAUGUUAAAUGUACCUUAUUAUGUACUCUACAUGUCUAGUAGGAAGUGUGUAAGAAUUCAGAAGGAAUAUAUGCUAAAAAUAAAAAUAGCUCGAACUAUUAUAUCCACGGUUAGCAUCUCAUAAUUCAAAUUUUAUACGAGACCAAUAUGAAAAGCCAAUUCUAAGGUAUACAUGGUGCCCCAGAAGAACAUGUCAAAUUCUCGUAUACAUAUAAAACACAAAAAAAAUGUUGCCACAAGUUUCUAUAAAAAUGAUUUACGGGGAUACAGUCGGUUUUUCUCAAAUAAUUUUUUAACGAAACUGCAGAACCCAACGCGAUUUUUCAGCUCAGUAGCCUUACUUGAUGGUCUCAACGGAAGACAGAAUUAAUUUAUUCAGAACGACAGAAACUGACUAGCCCUAAUGCAAUAUUGGUUAAACCCUGUAUAGUAAUGACUCAAAAAUAUUGUUGGGAAGUCUUUAGCUGAAAAAGCAUUUUUGUUUGAUUUCGACAAAAUGAGCAGUUUUUGAAAAAAAAAAACAGCUUUGUUUCAAUUCAGUUCCUACUGAUUUACUCUCCAAAAAAUCUGACUUGAAUCUGUGAUCUGAAAAUGUAUAGCUGUGAGUUUUAUUAAUCGCUAAUUACGAAUCUGUAAUCAGAAUGACUAAAUUUCCAACGCUCAUUUUUUAUAGAAACUUUUAGCCAUUUUUUGUGUGAUUGCCUACGAGAGAUUGACAUGUUAUUCUAUACACCCUGUAUACAGAUCAAAACACUGUAACACUUUGAAAGCUUAAUCUUACGAAUCAAAAUUUUACAAUUUGUUUAGAUGCAUUAACCGACUCAUGACACCAAAUACUAAUGAUAGUAAGGUCAAAAUUUAAAAUUCCAGAUUUUCAAUAUCGAGAACGAAAUCAAAGAUUAUGAUUUAGAUGUUUACAAUUUCUAGGCAAUAUGAUGCUUGCUUUUUCUAUUAUUUUUUUUUUGCUAGUCGUGCAUUUUAGUCGGCACUGUAGAGUUUGCAGUCGAGUCAUUUGUUAAUAAUGAUAGUUCAAAUAUUGAUGAUUUCUAAAGCCCAGUAGUUUGUUAGUAUUUAUAUCAUUUCUUUAUGUAAUGAGUUCCUAUUUUUGUACAAAAAUGACAUCAUCAAUAGUAUUUUGUUAUUCGUUUGUGAACCAGAUCUUGAUUCUCAGUAUUCUUUUGCGACUUAAAGCAAUGUUUUUAUGUAAAAUUAUACAUGGUAAAUCGAAAGUAUGCCGACUGGAAGAUAUGAGAAAAAAGAUCCAAACUUCAAUAUAAACUUGAAUUAUCAACACUCAGAUGAAAAUAUUAAACAUUCAUCUCUUUUUAGAAUGGUUUUCUGCCGUAUCCAUACUUUUGAAUUGCCAUGUAUAAGAUAGGUUUUCCUAAAUGUAAUUAGAAAGAGAUAUUUUAAUAAAAGCUCUUUCGAAAUCAAUA